AUGGAUUAAUGGUUGGCCUCCAUGACUUUGAGGAUCUUUUCCAACCUUCAUGGUUCUGAACCUUCCCAUGAUUCCAACCUUUGUGAUUCUGUGACCUCUAAGAUCAUCAAGCCCACGGUGGUCUCUAGCAACCUACAAGUGGGGCCAUCUUGGGGGAUGUCCCUGUGUCUGUUUCACUCCGAGCACCAGCCAGCUCCCUGCCAUGUGUCACCGAGAAGAGGCUGAGCCACUCUCCUAUUUAUAUCAUGAUGCUCCUGCUUUGCUAUAUUAGAACCAGCCUGAAUCAUCCAGCUGGACCCCUGGAAGAUCCAUUUCAGAUUGUCAGCUGCCUCUUCAGUCACUUUUGCUUCUGGUGUCUCCUGUUUCAGGGUCAUUGUCUCACAUCCGAGUCCAGCCAAGAGCAGAAAUAGCCUAAUACUAAAUAGUGGUCAGAAACCCUUCAGAGAAUGCAGAUCUUCAAAAUCCAAACCACCUGCUGUUAUGCAAGACCCUGUGGCCUGGAAGGAAGCAUUCCACCUCCCUGCCAAACAUCAGCCCAUUGCUUGUUUGUAUCUCUAAAUUCCUCUUCCAGUCUCUGUGGGACAGUUGCUCUUGAGUUCCUCUCACAAAUGGCAUUUGCUUGCUGCACUGAACAGCUGGAGAGACAAAUGAGCCUGUUCUCCAGAACAGCUCUAAUCAGCCCCCUCUUACUUUUAGCACAUAGAGGCUCGCAUUUACAAAAAAAAAAAAAAAAAAAAAAAAAAAAAAAAAAAAAAAAAAGGAAAACCCCAAACAAACAAACCAGGCACGCAAACAAACAAAAAAACCCCACAAAAUGCCAGAACCUCCUUCCUACCUCUUGUAGUUUCAGCGAGAAUCAGAACAAAGAUUUUUGAAUUGGGUCAGUGGCAAACCCACUCAAGUCAGGCUUGAUUUUAGCUGCCGAAGAGGCAGCCAUGAAUUCACACGUGGGCACGGGAAUUCACAGUGGGAUCUCUCCUGUGACUCGGGUUCCCGGGAGGAGGAGACACCUCGAGCCCAGAGAGAAAUGUUAACCAAAGUUUGCCAGUGCCGCCGACCAGCCGCCUGAGACCCUUCGGCCGGGGGUGACCGGGGGUGGCCGGGGGUGGUGCUGUGUCCCGCCCGUUCCGGGCUCCGGCCCCUUCGUGCAUAUUCACAAGGAGGCGGUGUCCAUCAUGCCGUUAUUCAUGAGGUUUCGCGCGCUUUUGUGACCACGUGGGUUGGUUUUCGCGCGGAUCGCUAGCGGGGCAGGAAGCGGCGAUGAUGGCGGACUCCUCCGAGUCGCAGGCAGCGGUGACCAGCCCCGUGCGGAGCUCCCGCCGCGGCGAUGCCUUCACGUCCAGCCCCGGUCGGGACCUGCCCCCCUUCGAGGAUGAGUCCGAAGGGCUCCUGGGGACCGAGGGGCUCCCCGAAGAGGAGGAAGAAGGGGAAGAGCUCAUUGGGGAGGGGAUGGAAAGGGACUACCGGCCCAUCCCGGAGCUGGAUGUGUAUGAAGCAGAGGGCCUGGCCCUGGAUGACGAAGAUGUGGAGGAGCUGACUGCCAGCCAGCGGGAAGCUGCCGAGCGAGUGAUGAGGCAGCGGGACCGUGAGCUGGAGCAGGGCAUGGGCCGCAUGAGGAGGGGGCUGCUCUACGACAGUGACGAUGAAGAUGAAGACCGUCCUGCACGGAAGAGGCGGCUGGCAGAGCGGGCUGCUGAAGGGAUGGAAGAGGAAGAUGAAGACAUGAUUGAGAGCAUUGAGAACUUGGAAGACAUGAAAGGACACUCAGUGAGGGAGUGGGUUUCCAUGGCAGCUCCCCGGCUUGAGAUCUAUCACCGCUUCAAGAACUUCCUGAAGACCCAUGUGGAUGAACAUGGGCACAAUGUCUUCAAGGAGAGGAUCAGUGACAUGUGCAAAGAGAACAGAGAGAGUCUGGUGGUGAACUAUGAGGAUCUGGCAGCCCAGGAGCAUGUCCUUGCCUACUUUCUACCUGAAGCUCCAGCAGAGAUGCUUAAGAUCUUUGAUGAAGCAGCCAAGGAAGUGGUGCUGGCCAUGUACCCCAAGUAUGAUCGUAUUGCUCAGGAGAUCCAUGUCCGUAUCUCCCACCUCCCUCUGGUGGAAGAGCUGCGGUCACUCAGGCAACUGCAUUUGAAUCAGUUGAUCCGGACCAGUGGAGUGGUGACAAGUUGCACAGGGGUCCUGCCUCAGCUCAGCAUGGUCAAAUACAACUGCAGCAAGUGCAACUUCAUCCUAGGACCGUUUUUCCAGUCACAGAACCAGGAGGUGAAACCCGGUUCCUGUCCAGAGUGUCAGUCUCUUGGCCCAUUUGAAAUCAACAUGGAAGAGACAGUCUACCAGAACUAUCAGCGCAUCAAGAUCCAGGAGAGCCCUGGGAAGGUGGCUGCGGGCAGGCUGCCCCGCUCCAAGGAUGCCAUUCUCCUCGCUGAUCUGGUGGACAGCUGCAAGCCAGGAGAUGAGAUUGAGCUGACAGGGAUCUACCACAACAACUACGAUGGCUCCUUGAAUACUGCCAAUGGGUUCCCAGUGUUUGCAACUGUGAUCCUGGCCAACCACAUCGCCAAGAAGGACAACAAGCUGGCCGUUGGGGAACUGACUGAUGAAGAUGUGAAAGUGAUUGUGGGUCUAUCCAAGGAUGAGCAAAUUGGGGAGAAGGUUUUUGCCAGCAUUGCUCCAUCUAUUUAUGGACAUGAAGAUAUCAAAAGGGGCUUGGCUUUAGCUCUCUUUGGUGGAGAGCCCAAAAACCCAGGUGGCAAACACAAAGUUCGUGGUGACAUCAAUGUGCUUCUGUGUGGAGACCCUGGUACUGCAAAAUCACAGUUUCUUAAAUACAUAGAGAAGGUGUCAAGCAGAGCAAUUUUCACCACUGGCCAGGGUGCUUCUGCUGUGGGUCUCACAGCCUAUGUGCAGAGGCACCCAGUCAGCAAGGAGUGGACUUUGGAGGCAGGAGCCCUUGUGCUGGCUGACAGAGGUGUCUGCCUGAUUGAUGAAUUUGACAAGAUGAAUGAUCAGGAUAGGACCAGCAUCCAUGAAGCCAUGGAACAGCAAAGCAUUUCCAUCUCCAAAGCAGGCAUUGUCACAUCCUUGCAAGCUCGUUGCACCAUUGUUGCUGCUGCCAAUCCCAUAGGUGGGCGAUACGACCCGUCGCUGACGUUCUCAGAGAACGUAGACCUGACAGAGCCCAUAAUCUCUCGAUUCGAUAUCCUGUGCGUGGUGAGAGACACGGUAGACUCAGUGCAGGAUGAAAUGCUUGCCCGGUUUGUUGUUGGCAGCCAUGUCAAGCACCACCCAGGCAGCAAGGAGGCAGUGAAUGGGGACACUAAUGAGGUCAUCCUUCCCAACACCUAUGGGGUUGAACCCAUUCCUCAAGAGAUCCUGAGGAAAUAUAUCAUCUACGCCAAAGAGAAGGUCCACCCAAAACUCAACCAGAUGGACCAGGACAAGGUGGCCAGGAUGUACAGCGACCUCAGGAAGGAGUCUAUGGCAACGGGCAGCAUCCCCAUCACGGUGCGGCACAUCGAGUCCAUGAUCCGCAUGGCCGAGGCGCACGCCCGGAUGCACCUGCGCGAUUACGUGGUGGAGGACGAUGUCAACAUGGCCAUCAGGGUGAUGCUGGAGAGCUUUAUUGACACACAGAAGUUCAGUGUCAUGCGGAGCAUGCGCAAGACGUUCUCCCGCUACCUCUCAUUCAAGCGAGACAACAACGAGCUGCUGCUGUUCAUCCUGAAGCAGCUGGUUGCAGAGCAGGUGAUGUACCAGAGAAACCGCUAUGGAGCCCAGCAAGACACCAUAGAAGUCCCAGAGAAGGACCUCAUGGACAAGGCUCGGCAGAUCAACAUCCACAACCUCUCAGCCUUUUAUGACAGUGAAGUGUUCAAGAUGAACAGGUUCAGCCGGGAUGUGAAGCGGAAGCUGAUUGUGCAGCAGUUCUGAGGCUGGCAGCCACAUGCUUCUGUGAGAUGAGACCUCCAUCUUGCAGCCCUGCAGGAAUGCUACUGAGAUUGAGCCAGAGGGACUAGGUUGCACGUCUUCUUGCUUGCUUUGUACCUAAUGGAUUAAGGGAGUGCUGAGCUGCUGAAGACCUUGUAAAUAGAACAGAAUUAAGUAGUUAAAUGCCCUGUCAAGUCUGUUUAGCAACUUCGUUCACUAUUUUGCCUUGUAGCUAAGCACAGAAGGGAGAGAAUUGCUGGCGAUAUACAUGGCUUGCUUUCUGUUUGUUUGUCACUAGUUGUUACAGGCUCCUCUGCAAGAGAGACCAAGUGGGAGCAUUUGGAAAACAUUAUCCAUCCCCCUUGGAUUGUAAGCACCCUCAGGGAUUCUCUGUUCCUAUCUCUGGUGACUGUACAGCCUCAUGGGUGAUCAUUGAAAUGGCUUUCAACUCUCCAUGAACCAGCCAGUCUGUGCUCCAGGCCUUUGUGCAUGACACUUGACAUUUCCCCAGGUGCCCACAUGGGUUGACCUUGUGGUGCUUGGUUUCUGCAGGGAAGGAGGGGGGAAGCAGAGGAAGACAAGAACUGAAACAAAACAUAGCUCUUUCUGAUCUUAAUGAUGAUCUGUAUGGUCACUGAAAACUUCAGUACCUGCUGGGGAAUCUCCAGAGGCAGGAGUGGAGAGGCUUCUCUUGCGUUAGUGGAUGUUAUCUCUCUAUAGCUGUCAGCAGGUGUGAAUUUACAGCUAAAUCCAAGUGCUACCUUUGACACCUAAACUGAACACCUCCCUCACAUCCAUUUGUUGAGGAUGGAGUAUCCGUGGUGCUGGUUUUAGGCAUGGUAGUGGAGGACGCCUAAGGUGGACGUGUUCAGGGAGGAGAGGAUGGGCUCAGUGUUCACAUGCAAUUUUCUUAUUAUGUGUGUUUUAAAUACAUUUGUUUUUCAAUA